AAUUGCGCUGAACUGUACGUGGCUGGCCAAAACAUCAGCGGUAUCUACAAAAUUGACUCUGAUGGUUUAGGUGUCUUUGAUGUGUAUUGUAACCAGACUGCGGCUGCUGGAGGAUGGACAGUGAUCCAAAGAAGACUGGACGGCUCUGUCAAUUUUCAUCGUAGCUGGUGUGACUAUAAGCAAGGUUUCGGUGAUUUGAGUGGCGAGUUUUGGCUAGGACUGGACAAAAUAAACCGUCUUACUAGGAACACAACGAACCGGCUUCGAGUAGAUCUGGAGUAUAAUCUCAAUAGCAUUAUUCAUCGUUCUCACGCCGAGUACGACUUGUUUUGCGUUAAAUCGGAAUUGGAAAAUUAUGCUUUGAUUAUUGGAGGGAUGCCCGAAUGUAAGUUAUUCGUUAGUUCAUAAUUACUAUGAUUAAUAGAAAACGAAAUAUCUGAGACAAUUCAUUAGCUUGAUGUUUUGCAUUGAAAAAUAUCCUCGACGAAUUUUUAUCGGAGUGUUACGCCACAGAAAUGAGGAAAUAUUUCAAAGUAGUCUGGCACUUAGGGUUACUUUCAACAUAAUCUGAUCGAAAUUUUCAACUCCUUUUUUUUGUUUCUGUUUUUGUUUUGUUUUGUUCGUUUCUUCGUUUUUUUCAGGUUUUCUCUAUUGUUAUAGAAAGUAUCUAAAUUUGAUAUAUUGAACAGUUAUUUACAAAAUCUUUCGUACGAAUUUCAAUGACCUUCUUUGUUUUAUGAUUCCCCAUGAGUGUUAGGUUGCUUUUCAACAAAUGGCGGGAUGACCGCGUUAACAUGCGGUUUAAUGAAGUAUAAUACAAUUGUAUUAUCGGAAUCUGAAAACUCGAGAUUUUUUUAAACCGAGUAAUCUCUACCUAAACGAAUAAACAGGGUUUUUAGUUUUGUCGGAUUUUUAUUAAAGUUGAUCGAAUGUUUGUCAGAUAUUGACGCGCAAAAGGGUGUGAGGCUUUACAAAAUUCAAAAUAUUUUUCCUAUGGCAUCCCAGUGCGUGACGACAACCAAAAUAUUCUGUUUUGUCCAUUUAAAAAAAUAUUUUCUCGGGAACCGAUAUGGAAAUCAAAAAAGCCUCAUACCCUUUUUGACCUAUUUUGUUUUGAUGUCCACGGUGAAACUGGCAAUUCAUUCAAGAAAACAACUUCAAUUUUGUUUUAAAAGGCUCGCUUACUUCAGGAGACUUAGAAAAUAUUUUGUUUGCAUUUGUCUUUGCGAGACAAAUUCAUAACGUUUUUAUUUGAAUUUCCGCUAUGACAAGGCGUAAAAACGAAGGAAGAGGUUCAGGGCAGCUGAAUGAAUAACCACUAAUAUUGAAAUCAACACCAAAAAGAACAACUUGUAAUCUUGCGAAAUUAACCUCUGGAGACUAAAGAUCCACUCUGCAUAUGGCGGAAACUACCAAUAAUAUUACUGGCUGUCCGCGUCAUACGUUUUAAGGUAGCCCUGUAUGACUGCAUUAAGAAAGACAGUUCCAGAAUAAUUACCCUUUGGUCCUAUUAAUAUUGUUGUUUUUCCUCUUUUUCUGACGGAAAUACAGAUGAUUCUUUAAAUAGAAAUAACAAGGCUCCAUUUUCAACAGUGGAUAAAGACGUUUCCAAACAAAAUUGCGCUCGUGACUUCGGGGCUUGGUGGUUUCCUACAGAUAAUACCUGCGGUAACUCGAGCCUGAAUGGUAGAUACAAACAGAAAAACGCUCUAAAGUGGGAAAUAUGGGAAAGCCAUGAACCUGACUUA